CUGCUACCGUCGCGUGCACCGUCGUCCGUGCGGUUGAUGUCUCUGUAUGUCCGGACCUAAGGUGGAUCGGAAAUCCGAAACACAUCCGAGAUCAUCCAUGCACCAAAAUCCUCAACGCGCCAUAAGCAGAAACUCUGAACGACGUAAUGCUGUUGCGCCCCGUAAGCCGUAAGCGCCUGAGCGGUAACACUAAGCACCAAGCACCAAGCGCCAAGGUGGAAAGUGGAAAUGGUAAUCCACCUACGGAGAGCUUGCCUGAGGAUCGAAGGCCAAGGCCAACGGGCAACGAUGACGGCGACGGUCGGCGACGGUCGGCAGUCGGCGACCGAACGGCUUCAAGUUGGAGAAACCUCGGAGCCCAAGCCGAGUCAAGGACGGCCGUGAAAACCGGCCCGAACGAUGACGGAGUCGGCCAACAGGUCGAGAAACCGAAAGUGUUUUGCAGCCGAAGUCUUGGCUUACCGGUUUCUGCAAGUUACCAUUGGCUGCUGGGAUUUCGGCCGGGGACCCAAUUCACGCUUCUGGAAUGCCGACCCGCACGCAGCGUCUGGCCUAAGGCAAGCCAAGGCCGCGACGGGGCUUUUACUGGUUUCGCUUAGCAUGGGAAUGAUGAUGGAAUGGUUUCGCUCUUUUUUGUUUUGGAGGGCGGGGAUUGGCCGAAUGGGUUUUUCUAGACGAGAUGUUUAGUGGGAACGUAUAAGGUAGACGAGUUUAACGGUCAUGCCCAAU